ACUUAUCAAAAGCUUUCACAGUUUAUUACUCUGGACGUUAAUCAAUUCACAGCAUAUUCAAAGCCAUCUUCAUAUUUCAUCACAUCGCCGUAAGGAAUAUGCCGUCUGCAGAAGGUACCUCAGCCGCCUGGCUCGCCGACAGGGAUCCUCAGAGUGUCAAAUCAAAAUCGGGUAAUGGCGGCAAUAGUGGGGUGAAGACCCUGAUCAAUCCACACUCAGCUCUAGAUCCAUUUUCUAUCACAGAUCGUAAAGAUCGUUUGCCUUCCAAUUCCAACACCAAAUCAGCCUCAAAUUCAUCAAGACCAUGUCUCCCUGACCGCACCAAAUCUGUUGAGUCCCUUACGACCUUGGGCGCUUACCCUCUAGGAUCCCUCCGACUCGUAGAUAGGCGGACCCCAGAGCCGUCUUUAAACCUGAAUACGGUCAUGGAAACCUCAUCCGAUCCUAAGCCUAAAGAUGCUUUUCCCACAGGUGGCGAUGUCUUCAUCCUGGAUGACCUACCACCAAAUUUUACAGUCGGAUGCGACACGAUGUCCUUCUCGACAAGAAACCCGUUCCCGGGAUUUCGCGAAAUACCGCCCGGGGCGCAUCUCAUCUGGGUCGCCCCCUCUGAGCUAACAUCGUCUCGAAGCGCAUAUUGGAUCGUCACGCCCGAGCGGGGAGAAUGGGAGAAAUCAGAGGUCCACGUAAAGCAAUGGGACAAAUUCAACGAAAUUCUCGGCGAGCCAGCCAGCCACGCCGAGGAGCGAUUCCAAAAGGAGCGGUUAAAAGAGGCAUUUGACAGUCUAUCGCCGUACCAAUUCCGUGGCGUCACAUCUGGCGUACGCCUCUCACCACCCAAACACGAAACCGAGCUUCCUUCGUUUCUAGCCCACGAGACGAUAUGGUCUCAGCUGACAUGGGCAAUCCGCCCGGACUUGCUCAAUAGGGUAACCGGGACGACGCAAACAAGCUGGCAAGUAACGACACUAGAUGACGUCGUCGGCGCCGCCAAAAUCGCCGAAGAAGUACGCCUCUACGCCACUGGCAAGCCCCAACUCCGCUUCACCUUCCCCAUGAACGCGGCCCUAAUCUCCGCCUCCGCGCAUGGCAGCGAGCGCACGCAGCAAGCCCUAGACCCAACCCCCUUCAUAAUCUCGACUCUCGAAAACCCGUCCACAAACCUACGUCUCGACGACUUAGUCGGAGAGCUCUCCCUCGCCUUCCUAACUGGCAUGCACCUCGGCAACUUCUCGUGUCUAGAACAAUGGUGGUUCUUAACGAACCGCGUGAUAUUCCGGUGUUUCGACCUAAGCAUCCAACGCCCCGUCCUCGCGCUGAACCUCCUCCAAACCUUCCACGCCCAGCUCGUGUAUAACGACCGCUACCUCGAAGGCGACAUCCUCGACAUGAUGCCCGAGCAGUCCCGCAAACUACAGCGCGCGCUCGUCACUUACAAAGCGCGCCUCGACGAGCGUCUUCUCGCUCUAGGCGACCGUAUCGAGCCCGACCAGCAUAGAGCUGGGGAAGCGUUCUCGGCGCUGGAGGCUUGGCUUUGGAGGCGGGGAUGGGAUCUUAGGGGUAGUUAUGUGCGCGCGGGGACCCUGACGCUGGAGGAUGGGGAGGAGGUGCAGGCUGAGAUGUCGGAUUUCGAGGACGAGGAUGAGAGGGGCGAGUUUGCGCCUGUGCUGGUGGAUUUGGAUGAGGGGGGACGGGAGGCGGGGCUGGUUUCGUGGGAGAAGUGAGGGGGUCUGGGAUGGACUGGGGUGGAUUGGUGUGGGUGAAUGGAUGGAUGGCUAGAUCGAUCGAUGAAUCGAACAAAGCACGCGCUCGCGCGCUCGAUUUAAUAUUAAUAUCUACGUUGAUGGUUGCGAGCAAGCAUCUUCGAUAUGCUUGGUCAACUGUCGUUUUAGUUCCUUGCCUACCACUUACCCAGACAACCCCGAGAUCAGCGUUUACGGACACCUACGGGAUGGCGGCCUUCUCUAUGGUUCAGAGCUGGUUUUCUCUCUAUUUCUCUUCGUUGCAUUGAAUUACCUAUUUAUACGCUUUGUUCACGCAUCCCUGGUGUUCGUUGAUUCUGGUCUUGGUCUUUGGUUAUACUUCCCGUUGUAUAAUUACUAUAAGCCUUUCUAUCUUAUCUGAUAGAACGAAAGGACGAGAACCCGGCUCUGGUCAUGGUCAUGCUCGGGUCUUGGUUGGUAGAUAGUAGACCGGCAUAGGUUCAUUCCUCUUCGUGUACCUAAGUAGUUUAAUUCGUCAAAGGUCCGAAUUAAUGAUUUAUGAUUCA